AUGAAAAAGACAGUUCAUGACAUUCAGAAGGAGCUUAUUGGAAGAAGUAUUCAGUACAAAGGAAAAUCCUUUGUCAUUAGAGACAUUGAUUUUGGUAAAAAUCCAACUUCAACCUUUAAGAGAAAGGACAAGGAGAUCUCCUAUCUUGACCAUGCAGAAGAAAGAUAUGGAAAAACAGAGGAUCCAAUUGAUGUGAAACAACCCAUGGUCAAAUGUUAUUUGACAGGUGCCAAGAAAAAAGAGGUUAUCAAAGAUUUGAAUUGUUUUUCAUGGAGCCAAAAGUCGGAUACCAUUAAGAAUAUUGUUCAAAACUUUGCUUCUUCCAAGAGUGAGGCAGGAAGAUUUUUACAGGAAAAUGCAGGAAUUACAAUUUCUGAACGUCGAUUACAAGUGACAGGCAGUGAUUCCAAAGUAUACAACACCGUCAAAGAGAUACUCAUCUCGAAAGGUGUCACCUCUCAAUGUAUACUAUGGACAGGAAAGACAAGAGAAAAAGUAACUGCCAUCCGAAAACAAGUCUUGAGCAAAUCCAAAAUUCCUCUUUGGAAUCUACGUCAUGAUUUCCAAGGUGUGACAGUGUGUGGCAUUUGCGUUGAAGGUAAUGGAAGGACUAAAACUGGAGCUGUCGUCAUGAGUGUGAAUGAGGAAUUAACUGAAUACUGUUCGGACACCUUUCAGUGUGAAAAGAAGGAUCUAUUCCAAUCUCUCACUCAAUCCCUUCAAAAUGUUAAGGAAAAGAGGGAACAGAUCACAAAGAAAAAUCAAGCGAACAGCAACAUUAUUAUUUAUGUCAUGGGUUUGCAAUAUCUUUCAGAAGAACUUGCAUUUGCGACAUGGGAAUUGAUCUUUCCAAAUCUUUGUGUCAUUUUGGUCAACAAGGAUACUUCGACAAGAUUCUAUCGAGACCACCUAAAAGUGGACUCAUCUCUGCUUGUAAAAGAUCUACAAAGAGAACAUGUCAACGAGUUCUACUUGACGACAGUUUCGGAUGCCAGUGAAUUAUGUCAUUGUCCAUAA